CGUCGCUGCACUGUUUACCUGCGGCGGCGGUUGGUGGCCCGGUGUUGGACGGCAGGAUGACGGGUGCGGAGCGGGUGCGCGAUGGCAGCUGCCACUUCCAGCGCUCGCGGCUCAUCUGGAUGAUCGGCAUCAUCUUCGGCAUGAUCCUGCUGGGCUGGGUAUCGCUGUCACCUUCAACCAUCCCUUACAGCUAUUUGGGACUGUUUGGUAACUUCCUUCGUUAUUUAGUGGACAACUACCACAAGUGGGUGUGCUACGGGUUCUACGUAUCCUGGUUGAUUCACAUAGUAGAAGCCUUGUAUGGUAUAAAAUUAUGCCAAUCUAAAGGCAUCACUGACCCAGCAGUUCAGUUCCACUGGUUCAUUCAGACACUUCUAUUUGGGUAUGCUUCCUUCGGUCUCCUGGUGUCUUACAAGCCUCCAGUCAAGAAAUACUACUAGAAGCCUGUGACAGAAGUCUCCUCUCAAAUACUUCAUCCUUAUUUUUCAGAAAACAACCUCACAUGUUUAGAAGCUGUAAUUAGCUAUGUUACAUUCCUACUACAUGAUGCAGUGCCCUUCUACCAAAGUAAGACUCUCUUGCUAAAGAAGAAACUCAGCUAUUAUUCAAAAGGCACUGUGGAUGGUUUGGUAGAAAUUCAGCCUGUCAGUCUUGGCACUGCCUAAGUUUCAUUCUGUUACGCAAGAGCCAAAGGUUGCAGCCUUGCACUGUUUGAGAUAGACUGUAUACUCCAGUUGUCAUUGGUGAGAAAAGGACCUGACAGUACUUAGUAGUGGUUCAUAGGUGACCUUUCCAUGGGGAGAAUUUUUCUUCUACAACAGAAAUUGUUAUUUAUGGCCACAAAGCAACUUGCACCUGUUUUGUGGCAGGAUCUAAGUUGUUUCUACAGUUUUUCUACAGGACUUUUUACUAGCUUUUUCUAUGUUUGUUAGAGCCUAGUCUGUGUUAUUUGUUUUGUCAACUUUCUUUAACAAAGGACAGACUUCUUUAUUGCUGCAGGCACAUUAAAAAGACCAAGUCCUUUAAAAGACUGAGUUCAGGUUGAGGUGCAGUGAUGAGCUGGGAUACAUAAAGAGCUUGAACUUGGUUUAAUACAGGUGCCUUAAGUUUCAUGCAGCAUGACCUCAUCUUUCAAAUGUAGAUUUUUAUCUCUGAGUUAGUGCAGUAUAUGCUAUAGAGCAUAGAGAGAAUCCUGUAGCUUUUUUGAGAACUAAUUUAUUAUCCAAGAAUAAAAGCACAACAUUCCAAAAGCGAAGUCUUGUAGGCUGUCACAUGAAAAGCAUAACAAGUCAGCACUCAUCCCAUCUGCCAGAUGUUCAGUUUCUGAAAUGUUUGGUUUGUAGACCACGUUCAGCAUCUCUCAGAGUAUUUUCUUUAUGUCUAAUUGAGCCUUUUAAUCUGAUAAUCUGUUUUACAUCUCUCAGUAUUUAACCAGAAUUAACUUCUCUCUUAUUUAAACCACUUUCAGAAACAAUUACUAUUUAAAAUAUUUGUCAUUUGGGGAGAGGUUUUUACCACAUCACCCAUGAUGCUACUGUUCUAGUAAAAAGAAGAGAACACAGGCUUUGCUCAAACGAAAAGCUUCUUGAGUCAGUAAUGAGCAAGCAUUUACCUAGUGUAGCAUGUAUGGACUAUGCUGUGCUAUAAGAUGUCUGAUACAGAAGUCUUACUAAGUACAGGUACUUGAGGUUUUUGCUUUUUAGCUAGAACUAAGAGCAUAGAGAAACGAAGAGCUUUAAAUGGUGGAGUGGCUUUUUUUCCUUUUUUUUUUUUGACCAAUGCCCAACUGAUACCACUAACAGUUUUUAGGAAAGUAGAAAGUACGUUUAGUGGUUAGAAAACCACAGGAAUAUCAAGAACCUGGGCUAGGUUUCCCUGUGUAACUCUGUAUCUUACUGUGAUCCUUUAAUAAAGAUUGGAAAAAAAAAAUAAUGUAGAUUUUCUUUUUAUUUUAUCCUGGAAAUAGAUGUAUUAAGUAAAUUUCAUUUAACUAGUCAUUAUCUUUACACUACUAUAAAUACUAGGAACACACAGCAUCAGCUUUUUCUUAACUGUUUUGUCUUUGUUUCCCACUAUUCACUUUCCAUCUAAAGUAAAGCUACCAAGUCAGGACUAGUCUGUUACCUUGCCCUGCCAGCUGCAGCCUGCAGAGCAAGCACUUGUGUUGCCAGCUGUCAGAUCCUUUCAGGUGGGUUCAGGAAUUUCGAGCAAUCGCUUCUUUGAGCAGUUAGCAGCCUACUUUGGACUCCACUCAAUUAGAAGAGCUUCCUUUUAGAGUUAGAGCAGGAAAACGUUUCUCAAUGCAAGACAAGCUAUAAAAUAGGCAGUCAAUAGACAGCUGCCUUAAUUGCAAGCUAUUUCCAAGCUGGAACAAAUUUUUAGCAAAACAACAGCAUCAGCUGAUGACCAGAGAGAAGCAUUUCUCCAGGCUAUCCUGAUGAAGUAUCACUCUUGAUCAUCUAGAAUAGUUUUUUCCACUGCAAUCAAAAUACUCUCUCUAUUAAAAAAAAAAAAAAAAAAAAAAAAA